AUGGUAUACACUUCGUUGACAGAGGCUCCUCGCAACCUCAAGGAGGCCAUUGACUGGUUGAUGGCCCUGAAGGGAACGGAUCCUUCAACUAACUUGAAGGCCAUGGGUGCCGCACUCUACGAUUUUCUCGUGCAGCAGCCUGUUGUCCCCAGGCGGUUGCCAGCCCUCGAGGAUCUAAAACGCAUUUCCAAGAGAUUCAUGGGGCAAAAGGAGCUUAGGGACCACCCAUCCGUAAGCUUAAUUCUGGGAAGAUUUAACAACCCUGUGGAUAGAAAACCUGGCGUGUUCGCUAAAACAAUGGGUUCAAAUCCUGAAAAAGUCGCAGACAACAUAGGUAAAUUUGUUUAUGGUACCGGGAAGUUAUUGCAUGAUAUAAGACAUCCCAAACAUUACAAGUCUGCUUACAGUUCGGAAGCGACGUGGGCUAAAUCAUGUUCGAAAAACCCGGAAACUUGUGCGGUGAUCUUCGUGGGGAUUGCGCCAAUGUUAUACACAGGCCUACUUUCUUUGAGGGACGAGACUAGCGCUGUUGACAGUAUCUUUGUAGAUUUCAAUUCUGUGCAGAAGCGUAUUAGAAACGUCUUGAACGCCCUAGGUUACGCUGAUCAGCAAAGGCGCCACGUCAUGAGGCCUUCCGAUAUACUGAAAGCGUUGAGCGAUAUGGAUAAGGAUUUGUUGGCCAUACUCCACAACCUCGCCGGAGUAUUGGCCUUUUAUUGA